CACAAUUUUCGAUUAAGAACAGCCAAAGGAUGCCAAAUGUUUGGCUUUGGUUUCUCAUUUUAUGAUAUUUGGCCAAUUGUCAUUCCAAUAAUCAACAUUACAAUUAUUACUAUUAAUCCAAAUAAGUGUAAAAAUUAAGAAGUAGAAGGGAAAAUAAUAAAACAAAGUAGAGGAAAUUGAAAUAAAGAAUUCUUUUCUUCUUCAUACAAAUAGAACCAAAAAAAUAUGAAAUAUAGAAACAAAGAAAAAAAUUCACCUCAAUGUAUUUUAAUUUUAUGUUUAUCCAGCUUUGCUCUUGGAAUGCUUUUCUCUAAGAGGAUUUGGGCUCCUCCUGAAUUGGAUGGAAGGAUCACGUUUCCAAGGCGGUACAAUCAAGAGAAAAAAUUGAGUUUUGUUUCUUCUGAUGAUUGUGAAACCAAAAAGAUCCAGGAGGAUGAUAUGAUGGGAGAGUUUAACAAAGCUCAUGAAGCUAUUCGGUCGUUAGAUAGUUCAAUUGCUAAAAUCCGAUAUGAGCUGCCUUCAGCUAAGGCAUUCCUCGGUGCGAGGAAAAUGGAAGACUUACCUACUAUGAUCACCACAGAUUCUGAAAGAAUUGGGAUAAGAAGGAAGCCUUUUGUGGUAAUCGGAAUAAACACCGCGUUCAGUGCUAGAAAGAGGCGUGAUUCGAUUAGAGAAACUUGGAUGCCUCAAGGUGAACAGCUACUCCGACUGGAGCAAGAAAAGGGGAUCAUCGUGCGAUUCAUGAUAGGCCACAGUGCUACGUCCAAUAGCAUUUUAGAUCAAGCCGUUGAUCUUGAAGAUGCUCAGCACAAAGACAUUCUUCGCCUAGAUCACAUAGAAGGAUACCAUGAAUUAUCUGCAAAGACAAAAGCUUUCUUUACCACUGCAGUUGCACAAUGGGAUGCCGAGUUCUAUGUUAAGGUUGAUGACGAUGUUCAUGUUAAUUUAGGUACUCUGGCUGCGACGCUAGCCAGGCAUCGGUUGAAAUCCAGGGUGUAUAUAGGAUGUAUGAAAUCGGGGCCGGUUCUUCAUCUGAAGAAUGUUAAGUACCAUGAACCCGAGUUCUGGAAAUUCGGGGAGGCUGGAAAUAAGUACUUCCGACAUGCAACUGGACAGAUAUAUGCCAUCUCAAGAGACCUCGCGAAAUACAUUGCUAAUAACCGGCCUAUUCUGCAUAAAUUUGCAAACGAAGAUGUGUCACUUGGUGCGUGGUUAAUCGGUCUGGAAGUUGAGCAUGUCGAUGAGCGUAGCAUGUGUUGUGGAACUCCACCCGAAUGCGAAUGGAAAGCACAAGCAGGUAAUGUUUGUGUAGCGGCGUUUGAAUGGAGCUGCAGUGGAAUUUGCAGAUCCGUCGAGAGGAUAAAGUAUGUACACGCCAAGUGUGGCGAAAGUGCUACGACUCUCUGGGGUGCUCUCUUAUAGUUUCGAGUUUAUAGGUUCUGAAUUCUAAAAAGGCCAGUUUAUUGGUUUUUGAAUAACUUAUCCAUACAAGAUUUUUAACACAAAAAUAUAAGAUACGCGUCAAAGUUAUUAGGUUCUGUAGAACCAGGCAGUAUAACUAUAGUUUUAUCCCCGUAUCGAACCACAAUUUUUUUCUUGUUUAUUUUAAGACAAUUGUUGGAAUAGUUUUUAGGUUGUAUUAAUUAGCUAUAUAUGUUACUUCAUAAGAUUAAUUAUUUUUAGAAGUUAGAAUUACAAAAUUUUGUAGUUCCAAAAUUUGAUCCCACAAUGUAUAUUGUGAUCUAAUAUGCAGUGGAAUUCUUGGUUA